ACCUAACAACAUUUCUGUCCCCCCCACAGAGGGAGGGACGUGAGGGAGAGUGAGAGGGGCGAGCAAAGAAGAGUUUGUCAUUCACCGCUGAGUCUCUAACUUGUGUGUCAGUUUCUUAGGUGUACAGUGUGUUGCAGUUCCUUGGGAAUAACGUCUUUAAAGGACUUGUCGUUUCCAGGUAUGGAUUUUCUCCUGGAUUCUGGUUAAUUUUUGACGGAUUCCUUUCUUCUGUUUUCAUCAAAGUCAGAUCAUAAGGAAUUUCACUUGCUCAACAUCAAAUAAAGGGGGGGAAAGUACAGACAGGGAUCUACCUCCAUGGCCAUGACUGCUCUGUUCAGGGGCAAGUGGGGGCAGAAGUCACAGGAACCUCCUGUGAAGCCCCCAGCAGCCAUUAUACAAUCCAGCCAUGAUGAUGAAGAUGAUGAGGAUGACCCCAAAAAUGGAUUCAGCAGGGAACCCAUCCGCAGGAACUCCCGUUUUUACCGUUCCAUGAGAAAGAAGAGGCCGGCCUCCUCUGAACAGUCUGAACCCUCUCCCAAGUCUGCCUCAGAGCCAAGCCCAAAUCCCUCCAGAAAGACAUCCUUCUUUAAUGCCAGUUUGUCUCAGCAGAGAGCGGCUCAGUCACCCCGGGCCAGGCGCUCACAGGCUUCACCACAAACACACCAUUCCAGAGCUGUGUUGCCAAGCAAUGGUGAGCCCAGCAGCCGACACUUACCUUGUAGCAGGCAUGCUGUAGGAGGAGGAGGAGGAGGAGGAAGAAGAGAAGAGAGGGGUGAGAACAUAUCUGCUGCUGCCUCCAACGCUCACAACAGAGGGACUGCUUCUGCGGAGCUGGCUUACCGGACACACGGCGUUCACAGCAGAGACAUGGAGAGCCUUUCGGAGCGCACAGCCACCGCCUGCAGCAUGCAGGAGUCAGGAGGCGAAGACGACAGUCCACAACAGUCCAGCCCCAAGGUAGCAGACCUCGAUGGCGUCAACCUCAGGUUGGUGAGCAAUGGAGAGAGCUCUCAAAGGAAAAUAGAGACAAUCUGCCACAGCCUCAACAUUGUCAAAAACAUCGCCUUCCUCUACCAGGAAUACCGAGACACCUCCAAGCAGCAAGAGAUCGAGCAGCGGCGGCAGCGUGAUGGCCUCCCUCCGGGGGUCCCGGUGGGGGGCGGGGGGACGGGGACAGGGUCAAUGUCCCCUCCGGCCUUACAGCUGCAGCUGAGGAACAGCGCCCGCUCGCUGAGCCUGUGGCAGAACCUGGAGGCUGUGCAGGAGAGCGGCCUGCUCAGCCAGCUGCCGCAGAAAGAAAUCAUAAUGCAGGAGGCCAUGUUUGAGCUGGUUACCUCAGAAGCAUCCUACUACAAGAGUCUGGAGGUUUUAGAGACUCACUUCCUACGUAACCCCGUUUUAGUCAACACCCUCAGCCAGUCCGACAUGCACUUUCUCUUCUCCAACAUCAAGGAAGUCAUGAAAGCCAGCGAAAGGUUCCUCAUGGAUCUGGAGAACCGCAUUGAGCAGUCCAUCCAGAUUUCUGAAGUGUGUGACAUUGUGCACCAUCACGCCCUGGAGCAUUUCCAUGUGUUCACCACCUACGUCAUCAACCAGGUGUACCAGGAGAAGAACUACCGGCGAAUCUUAGAGGGGAACCAGGCAUUUCGUGAGGCCAUGGCCAUACUAGAGAAUCACCCCUGUGUCCGAGGUCUCUCCUUCACCUCCUUCCUCAUCCUGCCCUUCCAGAGGAUCACAAGGCUCAAGCUACUUGUGCAGAAUAUCCUGAAAAAAGCGGAGGAAAACUCUGAGAGGGAGGCAAAUGCUAUAAAAGCUCAUCAGCAGCUGGAGCAGAUUGUGAAGGAGUGCAACGAGGGGGUGAGAAAGAUGAGUCGCACCGAGGAGCUCAUCAGCAUUGAGAAAACACUGGAAUUCAAAUCCAAGUCUGUGCCCAUCAUUUCCCACUCGCGCUGGCUGCUGAAGAAGGGUGAAGUGCAGCAGAUGGCUGGACCCAAGAGCACGAGAACCAUGCGCAGCCGUAAGCUCUACCAACCGGUCUACUUGUUCCUGUUUAACAACCUGUUGCUGAUCACCAAGCGCAGCUCCAACGGGGAGAAGUUCCAGGUUCUUGACUCGUGCACACGGGCCAUGUUGAGGACUGAAGACCAGGAAGACCAGGGCCAGCUGCUGGCCAAUGUCUUUAACCUGAAGCUUCUGGAAAACCAGGAGGAGCGCCAGGUCAGCUACAUGCUCAAGACUAACAGCAUGAGUGAAAAGCUUCGAUGGAUAUGCGCUCUGACUCCCAACCGCCGCACGCGCUUCAUGUCCACGAGCGCCCAUCAACCAGACUCUCCCCAGGUGCAGUGCAUUCAGUCGUACUCAUCUCAGGAGCCAGACGAACUCUCCAUUGAGAUGGCUGAUGUCCUGAACCUCCUGGAGAGAACAGACGAUGGCUGGAUGAUGGGCGAGAGGCUCCAUGACGGUGAAAGGGGCUGGUUCCCGAUCCGAGUCAUAGAGGAGAUCCAGAGCAAAGAGGUCCGGGCUCAGAACCUAAGAGAGGCCUUCAGAAUCCACCAGGCACAAGAAACUGGGGCGAGCAUUCAAACUGGAACCAGGAUCGGCAUGCGGGGCGGCAGGCGCACUGCGAAGGUCUCCAACUACUUCAGCUCUCUGUCAGAUCCAGUGGAGGAUGUGUAGUGAAUCGAGCGAAAGAGGAGCGUGUGCCACCGAGAGCCAUUUGCAUUAAGAGAAAAAAUGAAUCAGGACAUGUGACUAAAUUAAAGUGGAGCAAAUUGAAAUGUACAAUGACAUAAUUUCCUUUUGAUUUUCACUCAAAUGGCUUUGAAGUGCCGCCUCGACCACCUCGGACAAAUGAACAAAGCACUUGAGAGACAGAGUUUGCUUCCACAAAACCUGCAUGUCUAAUAUAUAAACUUCCACUGAAAGGAUGUUUUGCAGGCCCACUUCAUGUGGAAUGGAGAGUGUAGAACUAAACUCUAUACGGCGAGGAGCUGUGACGAGAAAGCCGAGGAGAACCGUGAAAAUGGUUCUCGCGGAGGUUGUCGUGUGAAGGUACUGUAAACAUGCCUCAACUGCAUGGAGAAAUCAUGUUUUAAAACUUGAUGUGUGUCAUUUGAAAGUACCUUUCAACAAUCCCCCGUUUUAAAGCCACACACAAAAGCUUAAAAUAAUAAAAUAGGAAUGUACUGACAAUAAAACUGACAAUGAAUGUUUCACAAAUCUGUGCGUAUGAAUAAUCAAAUAAAAUGAGUGGUCAGAGUUGUCAAUUUGAGAGAAGCACAUGUACACAUGCAUGAACGUAUGCAUGCACAAACACUCACACACUCUCACAGACACAAAUGGGACAUAUCCUGUGAAACCAGUUCAACGUUAAAUACCCACCAGACAUCCGUGGCAUCUGCACAGACUGUACCAGCAUGCUGGACAGCUACUGAAUGGCAUAAGAGUAAUACCUGUGUGUCUAUAAAUAUAUGUAUAUUGCAAGCCUUCCAUGUUCAAACCAACAAACGAAUAAUGAUGAAACAAUUCUCUCAUUUCAUUUUGUAUGAUGUAAUUUAUUGUUAAUAAAAAGACGUAUGAGA